CGUCGCGGUUCGUCGCGGUUUGUGCUCCACGCAUAUUUAUUUUCCUCGCUUCCCAUCCGCAGGGCCGCAUGGAAUAUCUGGUCAAAUGGAAGGGCUGGUCGCAGAAGUACAGCACUUGGGAACCUGAGGAGAACAUCCUGGAUGCCCGGCUGCUCGCCGCCUUCGAGGAGAGCUUUGGUUCUUUUAACACCUCUAGGGAGCGAGAAAUGGAGCUUUACGGGCCCAAAAAGCGAGGCCCCAAGCCCAAAACCUUCCUGCUAAAGGCCCAGGCAAAAGCCAAAGCCAAAACCUAUGAAUUCCGCAGUGACUCUUCCAGGGGGAUCCGGGUGCCGUAUCCUGGCAGGUCCCCCCAGGAGCUGGGCUCCACGUCCCGGGCUAGGGAAGGACUGAGAAACAUAGCCCUGGCCCCCCAGGGCAGCUCCAGCAGCAGCACCCCCAAGGCUGACGGCAUCCGGGACCGGGUGAUCCGCGUGGAAGAGAAGCCCGGAGAGACCCCCAAAAAGAGGGGCCCGAAGCCCAGGAAGGAGCUUUACAAGGACCUUGCGGAGUCUCUGGAUGCCUCCAAGAGGAAACUGGGGGACCCGGGGGACAAGGUGGGGGACUACCUGAAGGCCAGGAAGAUGGAGGAGGCGGCGGCGGGGGCAGCCAAGUUUGGCUCGGGACACAGCGUGAUCCAGCUGGCCCGGCGGCAGGAGCCCGACCUGCCCGGCGCCCUGCCCG